AUGGAUGCGACGAAAAAGGCGGGCGACAAGCUCGAGCCAAUUGAGGAAUACCAGGCCCCGCAGUACGCGCCAACACCACUGACGGCCACGUCGGCGGCGUUCGAUACGACGCUCUGCCAUGACCCUCAACACAUCUUCCCACAACAGAAGAUCACCGACCCGCCGGCCCGGACCGACAACAACGGAUCUGCACCUCCCUUUUCUCCAGGGAUCCGCACAGCUACCAAUGCCGUUUCCACCCCGAUCGUCACUGCAACCGCUCGGACCCCCCAGAAUCUGCAUCCUAAUGCCGCCGUUGUGGCUACUACUCCUCCGGUCGGCCUCUGUAGUCGGUGCGGGUUCGCCGGCGAGGUCCAAGACACCUAUGGACCCUUGGCCUGCUGGCAGUGCAGGCGCGAUUUCCUGAGCGCCCUGAGGCGCCAGCCGAAGCCCGGCACGCCGAUCUGCAAUCGAAACUGCGGGCUAAAGGACAAAUGUUCCUACCAUCGGCUGAAGCGCUUCCUGGAUCUGGGCUUCGACCCGAGCAGCGUCCGCACCUACAAGGAGCAAGAA